GACGAUCACCACAACAGCUAUCUCGGGACCCCACACCCCCUGUGGUCAGGGCUGUCAAGGAAGCCCAACAUCCGGCAAGUGUUGUCCUGCUUAUCACAACAUACACAAACCUCUCCACGUUACAGUCUACCGCCGCUUAACUCCUCAACAAGGAAGUGGAGUAUAGUAGAUACAUGCAACCUGCUGUCUUGGCCAGUCGCCCGCCGAGUGGAACCCCAAGACAUGUCUCCACAAAAACUCUUGUGUGCAGCCUAGUGUGUCAGCCGACACGCCCCACGGCACAACCACGAUGAGGUAAGAAAGCUUGUGAUCCCACAACUGACAGAACCACCCUGAAGUGUCAGACUCUUGGACACGACUGUGUACCUGUCGCCUCUCCCUCCCACAACACAAAUGACGUAUGUAAACGUGAAAAUGUCUUGUGAGGAAAGUCGGGACAAAGAAAGGUGGUACUGGCCUGGAAUCACAAGGCAUGAGGCAACAGAGAUCCUGAAAGAUCACAAACAUGGCGAUUUUCUCGUCCGAGAUGCGACUCAGGAAAAUGAGUACACCAUCGUUGUCAAGAAAGGUCAUAAAGUGUGUUCACUCCACGUCAUCAAGCAUGAUGGGAUGUAUGGUCUUGUCCGCCACCGGUGCGUCCAUCCGACCAUCGCUGCGUUGGUCCGCCAGAUGCUGCAGGACCCCAGGACCUACAAGGACCUCUUCCCUGGCAUCGACUUCCUCCACGCAGUCUGCAGGGACGAGGAAGAGGAAGAAGAAGAAGAGAAGCACAAACUACAACACCUGCUGAUACAACUGGUCAAUGCCAACAAACGACUGGUCCUGGAACUCCGUGACUACUCCAGUCACAUGCAAAGGUUGAAGACUGUUGCCACGGAAUUGUCAGCAAGCCAGACAACUGUGUCAUCUCUGCAAGUGGUUCUGCAAAUAUUUGAAGAACAGCUGAAGUCUUUGAAGGCAGCAGGCACAGAAGAACAACUAGAAGAAAAAACUUUCCAAAGUGUACUCAUGAAUGCAGCCCUGAUAAGCAGAAGGAUUCAACUCAUCAAAGAUCGCCAACAAAGCGAAGAGGGAAAACUGUUUAAUCUACAGUGUGAAGGUCAGUUCUUGGAGGAGACGACUGGAAACUACAAACAUCGACUUCUGCUUCUGAAAACAGAACAACAAAGGUUCCGACGAAAGGUAGAGAAGAACGUUUGCAAGACGUAUGUGGACCUUCUGCUGCGGGAUGAGGACAACCUGGAGCUGAGACACUUCGGGCCGGACGCGUGGCUGGUCGAGUGUGAUCGCCUGGCUGCCGAAGCUGUUCUGGCGCCUGCAGUUCCUGGGACAUUCCUCAUUCGCCCCAAAGAUUCCCGCUAUGUUUUAUCCAUCGUAUGUGCUCACGAUGACACUAACAGGAUCCACCACAUUCAGAUCCACCAUGCUGACGGCCAGGGUUAUGGCUUCAUCGCCGACUUCUGUAUUUUUCCAACACUAGAGGACCUGGUCACCAAGCACAGAACCAUUUCUCUACAUUACUACGGAUUCAAUCUGGAUGUGUGUCUCACGUGUCCCAUUGGCUGCAAAGACAACAGUGGAUGAUUGUUUAAGUAUUUAAAGUCAUCUGAAAGGAUGUUAGUUGUUCAUUGUUCAAAGAUUCGAUGUCAGCUGUAAGUACAUCCCUGUGUGAUUGUUUGAGGCUUUGAAGUCGAAUUUAAGGACAAUUAGGGGUAACUGCAAGGAUUUGAAACUUUGCUUCACUUUGUCUCUGUCGUUUGAUAUCUGUUUGUGUUUUUUUAAAUAUAUUUGUCUGCACUAGACUUUCGUUUAAAUGUCAGGUCUGAUGGAGAAUACAUUUGUCAAACGGGUCCAAUAGAUUUUUAUUAAAGGUAACUAAAUUUGAAAAUGACAAUCAGACCAGGAGCAGUGCCAGCUGAGGGGAAGACAAGUGUGAGGGGUGUCAGUCAGUCAGACCUGCUAAAUGCCAGAAGAAAAUACAGCCAAUUGUAUUUUGAUAUAAAUGUCUUGAUUUUGAAAGAUGUUUUUUCACCAUUUUCAGACAUGCAUGUUUGUACCGGUUUGUUUAGCUAAAAAAAACAGGAAAUCAGUAAAAGUGUGUGGUUAAGACCUGUACGGAAAUCUGAAUAAAACUUUGUAAGUAAACAAUGCAUUCGACGAACAAUAAAGGGCAGGAGUUUAAUUAUUC